AUGCCAACAGGUGGAAUACCCAAAGUAGUUUUAAAAGAAGUUAGAUAUCGUGAAAUCUUAUACUUAAUGGGAAAUAAGGAUACGUGGGAUAGCUACUUUCACGAAAAUGAAGAAGAGCGUUCAGUCUUAUGUACACCAAGACAUGCACCGUGUGCUACACCUCUCACUGCUGGUGUUGAGGAAGAAGAGUGUCUGGUCUUUACAUCACUGCAACGUUCUGUUCUUCUCUACUCAUCGACUCCCUGCCGAGGCCCAGGAAGUAAAUCGUCAGAAAAUCACAUAAAAACACAAAUGUGGGCAAAAAUAUUUUCUGAUACAUUUCUUAUUGGUUCAGAAGAGAUUGGUGUGAAUUGGGAAUACCAUCUUAAAAUUCCAGGAAAUGGUGGAUGUGGAUCAUUUAGAUCUGAUUCUGCCGCUAUUAUCUUUAAUGGUGCUAAUCAACAAUUUCCGUUUUUUAUAACCGAAUUUGAGAAUGAUGGGUUUGCAGUACACAAGGAUGCAGUAGUUGUGGUAGCAGAAACAGCUUUUGAAUACAAUAGAAUGCUUACAGUUGCAUACUAUCUAUCAGAGGAUGAGGUGAAUGCGACUCGUUUGCAUAUCGGCUUGGUUAAUGGGACAACCAUCCGUUUGAAUCAAGAAGCCGAUGUUGCAAGUGUUCUGAAGAUAGUGGCGUACCUGAGAACAAAUGUAUCAAGAUGGAUAAUAUGCUGCUUAACAGGACAACAGUCAUACGAAAUGGAGCAUCUCUACCCUGAUAGUACUCGUCCAUCUAGUGCUGGUCUAAGUGCUUCCAUAGAUGAUCUCGUUAUGCCACUCCUAUUCGCGUUUAGACAGGUUUUCAGGUGGUCGUAUCGGACCUACGUGGUCAAGGAAUUAUUAAAAAUCUAUUACCAAACUUGUGGAAGAAAACCAGAAAGUAUUUCUUUAUAUCAAGAAGGUAUUUCGAAUAAUCAAUUCAAAACUGUACUAGAAUUAGAAAUAUCGGAAAUUAAUGCCGCAUGUGGAUCACUUGAAGCGAAUUAUAAACUUACGUAG